UUUUACAGGAUCUGGCAAACCCAUCUGUGCUGCCAAUUUCACAUCUCAACGCCCAUCUGCCUGAAGUUGCAGUGGUUGCUGCAAGGCUGGCACUUUUUCCAUGCAGAACAGCUGAUGCAAUGCCUCUUCCCUCAGUCCUUCCUGAAAGGCACACAAGCUUUGAAGAGCGUUCCAGACUCGUGACCCACAGUACUCAGUCUUCUGAAGAAAGUCCAGUCUACUGUGCCAUCACCUUCACCAAAGAACAUGGAGAAGUUGAUAUUCGAAAGGCCCUUUUUUCCAUCUAAGGAUGAAAUGCCUAUGGUUCCUUCUCAGGAGAAGCCAGAUACAAAUUCAUGCCCUCAUGCACCUGGCAAAAACUGUGUCUCUGGUGAGAGGAACAAUGGGAACUGCAAAGCUAAUGAGAAGGAAAGGGAGUGGAUUCCCCCUGAUACACCUAGCAAAUGUACAUGGAAGCUUGGGAAACCCCUCUCUGCCUCCCCCCAUCGUCAUACUACUCUGCCAGAGCCUCUGAAAAUCCUGCCAAGCAUCCUGGAUAAAGUUGGUGAUACACCUUUGGUGCGAAUCAACAAGAUUGGGAAGCAGUACGGGCUCAAGUGUGAACUCUUGGCAAAAUGUGAGUUCUUCAAUGCUGGGGGCAGUGUGAAGGACCGUGUCAGCCUGAGGAUGGUAGAGGAUGCUGAGAAGGCUGGGAUCUUGAAGCCUGGGGACACAAUCAUAGAGCCAACCUCUGGAAACACAGGAAUUGGGCUGGCCUUGGCUGCAGCAGUGAAGGGUUACCGCUGUAUCAUUGUGAUGCCAGAGAAAAUGAGCAUGGAGAAGGUGGAUGUCUUGAGAGCUCUGGGUGCUGAGAUUGUGAGGACCCCAACUACUGCUAGAUUUGAUUCUCCUGAAUCUCACGUGGGAGUAGCAUGGAGACUGAAAAAUGAAAUCCCCAAUGCACACAUACUAGACCAGUAUCGUAAUGCCAGCAACCCCUUGGCACACUAUGACACCACAGCCGAAGAGAUCCUGCAGCAGUGUGAAGGAAAAAUAGACAUGCUGGUGGCUACGGCUGGCACAGGAGGUACUAUCACUGGCGUCUCCAGAAAGCUGAAGGAGAAGUGUCCAGGUUGCAAAAUUAUAGGUGUUGAUCCUGAAGGCUCCAUCCUUGCCAUACCAGAAGAACUGAACAAGACUGACAAGACAAUGUAUGAAGUGGAAGGAAUUGGAUACGAUUUUGUCCCCACAGUGUUGGAUAGAUCUACAGUGGACCAGUGGUACAAGAGCAACGAUGAGGAAUCGUUUGCUUUAGCACGCAUGCUGAUCCGAGAGGAAGGACUGCUGUGCGGUGGCAGCUCAGGCAGUGCCAUGUCUGUAGCUGUGAAGGCAGCCAAAGAGCUGAAGGAAGGUCAGAAAUGUGUUGUUAUCCUCCCUGACUCUAUCAGGAACUAUAUGUCCAAGUUCUUGAGUGACAAAUGGAUGAUUCAGAAAGGGUUCAUGAAAGAAGAAGAUCUUGGCAAAAAACCUUGGUGGUGGAACAUCAGUGUUCAGGAACUAAGCCUCUCUGCUCCCCUGACUGUGCUUCCAACUGUUACCUGUGCAAAGACUAUUGAAAUUCUCCGGGAGAAGGGAUUCGACCAGGUACCAGUUGUUGAUGAAUCUGGGGUGAUUUUGGGCAUGGUUACCCUGGGUAACAUGCUUUCUUCACUGCUUGCUGGGAAAGUUCAGCCUUCUGAUGAAGUCAGAAAAGUAAUCUACAACCAAUUUAAACAGAUUAAUCUGAAAGACAGCUUGGGGAAACUCUCUCAUAUCCUGGAAAUUGACCACUUUGCUCUAGUGGUUCAUGAACAAAUUCAAUAUCACACUGACGGUUCCUCCAGUAAGCGGCAAAUGGUGUUUGGCAUCGUUACAGCCAUCGACAUGCUUAACUUUGUGACUGCACGAGAACGGGAAAAAAAGUUCACCUAAAGACAAGCAGCAAGGUGGAGUCUCUUCAACAACAUUUUACAAUCUCCAACAAAGAAUCAAGUUUAUUUCCAAGGUAGAAUGGUGUGUCCUUAGGGUGUUUCUUUUUUUUAAAUUCUGAAAAUAGGCAGUCAGAUAUCCUGGUGUCAGCUACACAGCCAGUGCGUUUGGCUGUAUUACACAGCUUCUGGAGACUUGUUUCUUCAUCAGGUUACAUAAUAUUUCUUGUCAAGACAAUUUAUUUUUUUUUACCUCUAUAUCUACAUGUAAAAAUAGUGCCUAAAUUAAUUGGUAUGUUCCUUACUUGUUAUGUCUGAAGUCUGGCUUUCCAAUACAUUGUUUCAGAUUCACAAAAUGUGUUGAAAUAAAGAGUUACAGAAGCAGAGGCCCAAGA